AUGCUGCGCUGCAUGGAAAACGAUUGGUGGACAAAGAAAGCUAGGAAACUACAAAGAUUAGCGGAUACAAAAAAUAUGCAAAAAUUUUACAACUCUCUCAAGUCUGUCUAUGAACCGGCCCAGCACUCAGUUCAUCCAAUUAAGUCAAAAGAUGGUCUUGCAGUGAUCAGAGGCUUUGAGGGAAUCGUUUCACGUUGGGCCGAGCACUUCGGUGAUUUGUUGAACUGCGUCAACCCGGUGAACCUUAUAUUUAUAAAAAAAUUCCUUCCAAAACUCCCGGCUGUUGCUGAGCUUGAUAACCCUCCAGUAUUCGAUGAGGUUAUAUGGGUCUUGAGAUCCGCUCUGAACUUUGCAAGUGAUGGAGAAGUAGUCAGAGAAGUAGGUAGAGAGUUCCAGAGAAAAGGACCAGAAAAAGCAAAAGCAGAUUUGGCAAAAGAGUGUUUAACACGAGUAGCCAGUGCAAGAGAACAGGAUAUGGAGAUAUAUGAGAAAAGAAAGGGGCACGAGCAACUAGACGAGCAGCAGAGUUAA